AUGCAUCUACCUUCCGCGCUCGUGAUCGCAAUCUCCGUUCUUGGGGUAGUUGGAGCACCCGUGUCCAACGAGCAUGCCAGCCACAGCGAAGCUCGUAGCCUGUCUGGCCUCAUCUCGAGCGUCGGGGCUAGGAUGGCGCCGGAAAUGACAAGUGUUUCGAUUUCACUCCGCUACGGCAACUGCGUCACGGACGCGAAGGGUAGGCGGGACAAUGCCAUCAAGCAACUUGAAGAUGGCAUCAAGAAAAUUCUAGCGGACGCGCGCCCCGACGAGGAGGAGGAGAUCGAAACAAGGCGGAAGGAAGAAAAAAAAAUUAUCGAAAACUAUCUCGAGGAAGAGGAGAAGAAGUGCAAGGAAAUACGCGACCAUGAGCUGAGAGGCCUGUCCGCGCCCGCGUCCUCGUCCUCGUCCCCGCCCGAGUCCGAUUCCACGUCGGACGAGGAGCCGCAAGCUGGUGGGGGGUGGAAGUAG